CGAUAGGUGACGCGAGAAGCGACGCGCUCUCACGUGUUAUUCAUGUAUCGGUGUGUAGCGUUCGACUCUGUCUGCCACGAAGUACCCCAUAAUUGCAUAAGCCUGGCUACAUUGCAGGUACGUGUAGGGGAGGCGUGGAGAAAAGUGGCGGGCGUCAUGGUCAUUAACGCGUCCCACGCGACGACCAGCUCCAUCCGCAGUUCUAUUGCAUUAUUCCAGAGAGCGCAAACCACCACGCACAAUCCUCACGACUUUAUACGCGAUCUUCCAGUACAAUGGUCGAGCACGAUGUCACAGACUCGACCGACUGGCUUUCCACGCCUCUGUCGGCCCUGACGCCCCUCGAAUCAGCCCUCCGCUGUCAAGUGUGUAAAGACUUCUACACGACGCCGAUGCUCACCUCAUGCUCGCAUACUUUCUGUUCACUAUGUAUCCGCCGUGCACUAGCGAGCGAUAUGAAGUGUCCACUGUGUCGGGCAAACGACCAAGAGAUGAAGCUGAGGAGCAACUGGUCCAUGGAAGAAGCUGUGGAGGCGUGGAAAGGAGCGCGGUCGAGGACGCUGGAGAUGGCGCGAAGCCGAGGGGCGCCGGGCUCACCGAAAAGGAAGGCGAACGAGGUGGAACUGGAAGAGCAGACGGGGUCAAAAAGACUUAGAAGCUCAGCGCGCCUCAGCGGCAAAGCGACAAUGCCAUCGUAUGCGCCUAAACCUAUAGGGGGGGAUGAUAUCGUACAAAUAUCUGAUGGGGAGGAAGAAUUCGAGCCUGAACCAGACGAUGGGCUGGUGUCUUGUCCUAGUUGCCGAAAACGUAUGAAAGAGUGGCAAGUGUUCACACAUCUCAACACAUGCACCGGGCCCUCGCCCAAGCCAAAGACGCCGCCGAAACCACAACUAGGCGCCUUUGGUCAGCCACAACAAAAAGCUAAAGACCGCCUGCCCGCCGUGAAUUAUUCCAUGCUCAAAGACAAUGCCCUCCGGAAGAGGCUAGCUGAUCUUGGUCUAUCGACGCAAGGCCCCCGUACCAUUCUCGAGUCCCGACAUCGCGAGUUUCUCACUCUAUGGAAUGCGAACUGCGACGCAGUCUAUCCGAAGAGGAAAGCACAGUUAAUAAGUGAUCUCGAAUCAUGGGAGAGGGCGCAGAGGACCGGCGGGGCUAACAGAGGCACCAUGGUGAAGGACAAGGAGUUUGACGGGGUGGCAUGGGCCCAGAAACAUGGCGACAGCUUCAAAGAUCUGGUUGCCGAGGCGCUGAGAAACCGCGCUGUGGCGAAGUCCAAAUCGAUACCUGAGGAUGGGGGGCCGGCAGCCGAGCAUGAACCACGAAAACCAGCAGAGGAAUCUCUUCCGUUCCCUUCAAAUCCGGCGGCCGUGGUACCCAUAACUGCCGGUGACGGCGUUGCAAUGUUGUCCAGGCCUGCCAACGAGCAAGAGGAUCAAGCAAUCCAUGUUGCAGUUCGCGUAACGGAAUCUUCUUCGGAUAUACCUUUGGCAGGCAGGACCUAUCAUGCUCAAAAUGCCUCUCACGGCGAGCCGAGGCCAAGGCAGGACUGCGACAACGUGGUCCCCGCCCAGUUUGACCCAGGGGCUCAUGGGACAGGUUUCCUUAGAGACUGAACAGUGCAUACGGAUAGAGCACGGCAGAGAAGAUAUCUGGCUCCAGCUCAGUCUCCGGUCCCAGCAAGGGGCGCGAAGGAGUUAAAGAGGUGGAGCUGCUUAUUGUAUAGGUAAUAUGAACAGUCCCUACUUGGGAAGGCUGUCAUCUGGAAGUCUAGCAAGCGGUCGCGGCGCACUAUUCAUAUGACGCUGAAGUUCUUGAACAUUUGGCCCUACACCAUUAUAAUUA